AGGUGCCAAUUGGGUGAUUCUGGGGCACCCAUCUUCCCAGCCCGGGCAAAACCCGGAGAGGUGGAAUCGGUCGCCGGGAGCGCCAGGGCGGCCACUGGGCAUGCUCUGUCGUCGGGCAGGUUCGGGGCUGCCAGCGGCGGUGCGUUGUGCCGGUCCUACUCUUCCUCCCGAGGGCGGGUGCGCGAUGGCGGCUGCGAGCGCCUGCGACAGCAGCGGUGGCAGCAGCGACACGUCCAGCACUGGCGAGGAGGAGCGGAUGCGGCGACUCUUCCAGACCUGCGACGGCGACCGCGAUGGGUACAUCAGCAGGAAUGACUUGCUCAUGGUCUGCCGACAGCUGAAUAUGGAAGAAUUGGUGGCCGAGAUCAUGACCCAACUGGGCACAGACGAAAACGGGAAGGUGUCCUUCCAGGACUUCACAAGGUGCCACCAGCAGCUGCUUCGAGAAAUCAGGAAGGAGGAAAUGGACCUUUCCCUGAAGUCAGGCAAGUCCAGCCAAAAGAAGCUGAGGGAUAGAAUCACAUCCUGGCCCACAAGCUGUGACAACAGUUUGGGUGCUUUGUCAGCAGCCAGAGACAACUGGGAGUAUGAUUCCGCUGCCAGGGACCUCCAGAGCCCAGACUUGCAGAGCAGGCUGCCCUUCCAGAAGCUGCUGGAGUGUGGCGGAAGCUCUUUGCCUCAGCCAGCUGUCCUCCACAAGCUUCUCACACAAUCCCCUCAUGUUGGCACCGCUACAGGCGGAAGCUAUCUUGAGCUGGCCCGCACCCUCCACUUGGCAGCCCUGGCAUCACUCAAGGGAGACAUAGUAGAGCUGAAUAAACGUCUGCAGCAAACAGAGCGGGAACGAGAUCUGCUGGAAAAGAAGUUGGCCAAGGCACAGUGCGAGCAGUCCCACCUCAUGAGAGAGCAUGAAGACGUCCAGGAGCGCACAACCCUUCGCUAUGAGGAGCGUAUCACAGAACUGCACAGCAUCAUUGCAGAGCUCAACAAGAAGAUAGACCGUCUGCAAGGCACCACCAUCAGGGAGGAAGAUGAAUACUCAGAACUGCGGUCAGAGCUCAGCCAGAGUCAACAAGAGGUCAAUGAGGAUUCCAGAAGUAUGGACCAAGACCAGACUUCUGUGUCCAUCCCUGAAAACCAGUCCACUAUGGUCACUGCUGAUAUGGAUAACUGCAGUGACCUGAACUCGGAGCUGCAGAGGGUCCUGACGGGGCUGGAGAGUGUUGUCUGCGGCAGGAAGAAGAGCAGCUGUAAUCUCUCUGUAGCCGAGGUGGACAGGCACAUUGAGCAGCUCACCACAGCCAGCGAGCACUGUGACUUGGCCAUUAAGACAGUGGAGGAGAUUGAGGGAGUUCUUGGUCGGGACCUGUAUCCCAACCUGGCUGAGGAGCGGUCCCGGUGGGAGAAAGAGCUGGCUGGGUUGCGGGAAGAGAAUGAAAGCCUGACGGCCAUGCUGUGCAGCAAAGAAGAGGAGCUGAACCGGACCAAGGCCACCAUGAACGCCAUCCGCGAGGAGCGGGACAGGCUCCGAAGAAGGGUCCGAGAGCUCCAAACUCGACUGCAGAGUGUCCAGGCCACUGGACCUUCUAGCCCUGGUCGCCUCACUUCUGCCAAUCGCCCGAUCAACCCCAGCACCGGAGAGCUCAGCACCAGCAGUAGCAGCAAUGACAUCCCCAUCGCCAAGAUUGCCGAGAGAGUGAAGCUAUCAAAGACAAGAUCUGAAUCGUCAUCAUCUGAUCGGCCAGUCCUGGGGUCAGAAAUCAGUAGCAUUGGGGUUUCCAGCAGCGUGGCAGAACACCUGGCCCACUCUCUUCAGGACUGCUCCAACAUCCAGGAAAUUUUCCAAACACUCUACUCACACGGAUCUGCCAUCUCCGAAAGCAAGAUUCGAGAGUUUGAGGUGGAAACAGAACGGCUGAACAGCCGCAUUGAGCACCUCAAAUCCCAAAAUGAUCUCCUCACCAUAACCCUGGAGGAAUGCAAAAGCAAUGCUGAGAGGAUGAGCAUGUUGGUGGGAAAAUACGAAUCCAACGCCACAGCACUGAGGCUGGCCUUGCAGUACAGUGAACAGUGCAUAGAAGCCUAUGAACUCCUACUGGCACUGGCUGAGAGCGAGCAGAGCCUCAUCCUGGGGCAAUUCCGGGCAGCUGGCGUGGGCUCCUCCCCCGGAGAUCAGUCAGGGGAUGAGAAUAUCACACAGAUGCUCAAGCGGGCUCACGACUGCCGGAAGACCGCGGAGAAUGCCGCCAAAGCCCUGCUGAUGAAACUGGAUGGCAGCUGCGGGGGAGCCUUCGCUGUGGCCGGCUGCAGCGUCCAGCCCUGGGAGAGCCUGUCCUCCAACAGCCAUACCAGCACCACCAGCUCUACAGCCAGCAGCUGUGACACGGAGUUCACUAAAGAAGACGAGCAGAGGCUGAAGGAUUAUAUCCAGCAGCUCAAGAACGACAGAGCUGCCGUCAAGCUGACCAUGCUGGAGCUGGAGAGCAUCCACAUCGACCCGCUCAGCUAUGAUGUCAAGCCCAGGGGCGACAGCCAGAGGCUGGACCUGGAGAAUGCUGUGCUGAUGCAGGAGCUGAUGGCCAUGAAGGAAGAGAUGGCUGAGCUGAAGGCACAGCUCUACCUGCUGGAGAAAGAGAAGAAGGCCCUGGAGCUGAAGCUGAGCACAAGGGAAGCCCAGGAGCAAGCCUAUCUAGUGCACAUCGAGCACCUCAAGUCUGAGGUGGAGGAGCAGAAGGAGCAGAGGAUGCGGUCUCUGAGCUCCACGAGCAGCAGCGGCAAAGAGAAGCCUGGCAAGGAGUGUGCUGAUGCUGCCUCCCCAGCUUUGUCGUUGGCUGAAGUAAGGACAAACAGUGACAGUGACCUGGCCACAGAGUUUGCCAGUGCCAUCCGACGGGAGAAAAAACUGAAGGCCAGAGUUCAAGAGCUGGUCAGCGCCUUGGAGAGACUCACCAAAAGCAGUGAGAUCAGACACCAGCAGUCAGCAGAGUUUGUUAAUGACCUGAAGCGGGCCAACAGUAACCUGGUGGCUGCCUAUGAGAAAGCAAAGAAGAAGCAUCAAAACAAGCUGAAGAAGUUGGAAUCUCAGAUGAUGGCUAUGGUGGAGCGACACGAGACCCAAGUGAGAAUGCUCAAGCAAAGGAUAGCUCUGCUGGAGGAAGAGAAUUCCAGGCCACACACCAACGAAACCUCGCUUUAACAGGCACCCAGGGCAAAACUCCAGGAGCUCCAAAGUCCUCUGCAGAGAAAGGGCCCAAGGAAGGGGAAGACUGCAUAGAGGUCACGGGCUCCACUCCUGGCCUGAGAGGUCAUGAUAGCACUGUGGAUAGAGGGACAGAGUAGGAAACCUCUCAGCCCUUCCUUCGCCCAGUCUCCAGAUGCUCCAGGACUGGCCACAAAGGGCAUCAGCAAUGGCUCCAGCUAAGUGCGUAGCCAGCCAUGUCGUUUCUGUUCUUACCACUCACGCUCUCACUUGCUCCGUAGCAUUUCGGUUUAUGUGGAUUUCCGAGCCUUUUUUUAUUUUUAUUUUUUUGCUUUUCAUAGACUGGACUUUUUUUUUUUUUUUCCUUCCUCGUCCAAGAGGAAGGUGGCAAGUGUUUUGUGUCUCCAGCAUUUAGGGCUGGCAGCCCAUUGCAGCAAGGCUCUGGCUUCCAGGUCCUAGGGUACCAGAUUCCUGAGAUACAGUCAAAUAGAGAGAUUAGUUGGGAGUUACAGAUCACAGGAUGGCACACAGUGUCACUGGUCAUCCCAGACACACCGGUUUCAAGUAGAACAUCGCCAAGGCUGUGUGUAGACAGUUCUGCACUGGACAAAAACCUGCUCAUUUUUAUUUUACAGUGAGGGCUAGGGCUGAAGCUGUUUUAAUUUUUGUCUAAUACUCUUGAUGUUUGUAGUGAAGCCAAGAUUUUGCCAGGGGCUUCUUCCAGAACAGAGAAAAAAGCUCUAUUAGCGCUUUCCCAGCCCCAGGGCACCGUAGUUCCUAUUCUGAAUCAAAACCUAGAGUACCUGACUCUCUUAAAGGCAAGAGGGUUUGCAUUGUUGGACACCGAGGAGACCUUUAAUGCUGUACAAGAUGGUUCCUACCUAUUUAAUAGAGUGCUACAGAACCUAUAGUUCCCAACAAUCAGGAUGCUUAACUAGAAGGGGAAGCUGAAGCAGGGAUGACAGUCACCCUGCUGAGAACCUAUGCUUCUAGAUCCAUAGUUCCUACACACAAAAACAGACCACAAAGCAACAAUCCUACCAGGCCUUAGUCUGAGUUUCUAAGUGAAUAAAUAUAUGGUGUAUAAAAACCAUGUGCCAGGCUAAAAUGCCACAUUUUUAAGUAAGUGAUAGGGGCUAUACAAUCUUUUCCUUGUAAUUUUCAAUCUUUGAGGGUUGACGCAGCAGGCAUUUGAUUGUGUGAAUUGUUGCACUGAUUAAAUACAUGAUAGCAGGUGCCUGAGUAAUUUUUCUUUUUGUUUAACCUGGCUCUUCCAAACCUACUUUUAAAUAGGAAAUGGCUUCCAUUAACAUGUCUAUUAUGGUGAACAAAAUUAUCUUUAUUUUAAUUUCUAUGAGGCUUAAAGCCUUCAGAAUUUUCUAUUUUUGAAAUGCCACCACCAAAGUCUUUAGUGUUUCUCUCUUUAGGUAGUCACUUUUGCUAAAGCCACUUUCGGCUCAUAAGAAAAUAAGCAGAGCAAACAGGUCCACGAGGAACCGUCUGAAAGUUCCCAAGUAGGGCAGCAGUCCCAGGAGACAUCUGUCCGUGGCUGACUCUGGUCUGCAGCCACGACCCCAUGUGCACCAGCCACACUUGCCCUGCGACAGGAAGAGAGUCCACAGUGAACUCGCAGCUAAGACUGUCAUGGGAUCAGACAGUUGAGGUCUAUUUUAUCCUUGUCUCUGUAGCACACACACUCGAGGUCUAAGUGAGCGUCACGUGACCCAUGCUCAUCUGCUGACGUGGCACAUUUCUUAAUGUGUGUGUGUAGCCUGACACUUAAGGUUUUGCUAGCCAAGGUGCUUAGUCCUCCUUUCAAAUGUGUGUACUUACAAGGUCUUCCUGAGUCUGCAGCAAACUUUGCAAGGGCUUUGGAAAACUCUGAAAUGGAGCUUUGGCGUGGCUCUAUAAAGAAGAACAGUCUAAGGCAUAGCCAUAGGCGUUUAUUUAUCCCAAAAACUGUUUAAGAAGGGGUCGAGUAACCUUACCACAAGGGAAACAGACUAGUAGAUGUCUUCUCAUUCCUACAGACAUUACCUGAACAGGGGGGAAAAUACCUUAGUUUGCUGCAGGGUUGGAAUACCCGAGAACUGAGAACCACCAGGCUCCUGUAUAUCUGUAUCCCCCCCAUGCCCUGUGCCCCGAAUCCCCAAAUUCUGCGCAAUGAUUUAAUUUCUGUGAACUACUUCAGAGCUGCCAGGAGUCCGGGUUAUCACUUCAUGCUUUAAAUGAAAGGCAGAGAAAAGCAUCAAGAUAGUAACAAAAACACCCCUAUUUGUCAAAAGACUUCCUCCCAUAAAUGCUUUCAAUUAUGACUGUUUAACUCAGAGGAGUAUGUCCCAGUCAUUAUACAAACAGUGCCCAAGUAAAGCAAACAACACCAGUGUUCCCUCAGCGAACAGUGUCACCUACUGAAUUACACUUAUUUUUUUUAGAGGCCAACAGAGAAUAAACUCACUAAUAGCUAGAAUUUCGGUCCUCGUCUUCAUUAGGAUUUGGUCCUAGGGAGGGAGUGGGGUACAAAAGCUUAAGUAACGUUAGUAUUUUCUAUUUUACGCUGCAGCUUCUAGAACAAGAUCUAACUGUGGUAAAAAAAAAAAAAAAAAAAAAAACAACCAAUUUUGUGUUCAGCAAUAGUACAGCUUGCAAACUCUGUAGAGCAGGCAUGGCUUGCUAAAAUAACAUUUCCACCUUUGACAUGUGUGCACAAAUGAACCUGUGUUUAUACAUAGGUCAGGUUGAAGUCCCUGAACCCGUGGCCUCCUACUUCACUUAGCUUUAUUUUCUAACACCUCUGCACUGCUGCCAACAGCCCAUCUGACCUGAGAUGCUCAGACCUUGCCGUACCUGAGCACUCUUCUACAGAGGAAGACAUUUUCAUAUACAGGCAAGUGCUACAAUUUUGGUCAUCCAGUAUACAUAACACAUCAUCUGAUAUUUCACACAUGUGUACAAAGGAAAAAAAAAAAGCCGGGUCCCAGAGUCAAGAACCAUGGUUGGAUAAUGACACCCAAAAGUUAGCAUUUGAUCUUCCCAAUCUCUCAUCUGAAAAUUACUGACUAGGCCUGCUCACCAACAGCACAUAAGUCCUGUAGAGAACUCCACACCCAUACAGACGCUCUGGUUAGAUAAUGUUUCUGCUCUAUCAUUCACCUUUUGAAAAAUGUUCUUUGUCUGUAGCGUUCCUUUGCGGUGCUCCGGUCAGGACACCCCCUUAAGAGCUCUGAGAGCCUAACUUUGUCAGGAUCUGAUGCAAAGACUACAAAACGUGCUCACUUCUAUUUCUAAUCUGCUUUUAGAUUAUUAUAAACUUACUCUGCAUGAAAUUUAACUUUUUUAUUAGUUGAAAAUGUGUUUUUAUACCACCUGAACGUACUGCUGUUAAAGCACAUGUGACUAUCUGCAUCUGUCAGGCCUAUUCUGCUUGUACCGGAAGAUUCACUCGGAAGUGGCUACUAAACACACUGUACUAUACCUUGUAAUUUUUUAGGCUCACUUGUAGCUUUAAAUGUUUCCAGAUGCCUUUAGUUUUAGCUGCUGUAAAAUAGCUACUUUGUGUUAUUUGAUAUAGAAUUGUUUAAAAAAAAAACUCCAUUUAUUUAUACAGAGACAUUUAUAAUAUUUUACAAACGUUCUUAUAUUCUGAAUAAAUAUUUCUAAUUCCAUGUGGUACUUUGUUUAAAUUAAAGAGUGAAGACGUUCCGUAGGGUAUUUACCAGUCAUACAUGUAAAUACAAACCAGAGAUUGCUUACACUGAAUCAGGGGCCCUGAUGGAAACAGGGGCUCGAUGGAAAACUAUUUCAGAUCAGAUCAAAAGAACAACAAAACAAGAACAACAAAAUUCUCAUUUAUCAUCAAUUUUUAUUUGGCUGUCUCCACAAACAGCAUGAACAGGAGGUUCUCUAUUGAAUGAUCUUUUUAAAAACUAAUCAGAACAUCAAAUGUAAAUUAUGAGACAGCAGCUUCCUAGCAUGGCGGAAGUGCUAUAAAACACCGGCUUUGCUACAUCGAGAGAACUUCUGAUAACAACAGUUACAUAGCUGAGAACUCUAAAAUAAUAAUCAAUGUAUUUCUCCCGCCUAAGACCUAAGGACAUCAGGACAUUCUGGUGGAAAGCCUGGUUCUUACCUAAGUUUAAGAAUUACUGCCAUUUUCCAUGUUUGAUUUAUACUGUUAAGAGUCAGACUGUGA